AUGGCUGGGAUGACAUGGCAUCGGCGGAGCAAAGUUCUACUGCCGAUGGCUCUUCUCCUGUGCCAAAUGGGCGAGGUGUGGCAGCUCCUGGGCCCCGCACGGGAUCCUCCGCACGGGAGAUCCGCGCGGCGGGCCACUUCGGGGGAUCCCGCCAGCAUCGGCAUCGUGGAACCGUUGGUGAACCAGCUGCCGCGACAAGAGCGGGAAACCUUCAUGGGCUUGCUGCGGUUCCUGUCACUGCCUGUUGAUGACUUUUGGUUCUCUGCCAUUCUCCUUAUCCUGGUAAGGUUCCAGCUGGUCAAACGGUUGGUCAUGGCCAGUCAACAAUGGCGGCGGUGGCUGACGACCUACUGCAGAAGGCUUCGCAGCCAAGAGGAUGUAGCACUUCUGAUCGACGCAAUGGAUCCCAACCAGGUUCUUCAGAAGACGAUUCGUCUGUCAGGUGGCGGAUGGCUUCGCCAGGGAGCACGGCUGGUUUCGCCGACCUAUGUCGGAGAUGUCCUGGAACUAGGUGGCUUCGAAAACCAAGCACUCAACACACAGUUUCUCCUUUGCAAGUCUGAAGGUCUACAACAUGGACACCCUGUGUAUCAGUCUCGAAACAAGGAGUUCCUUCUGAGCUGUGCAGCCACUGCCGAAGGCAAGGUGUGGAUUGUGAGCCCCGAUGAGAAGUUUCAGCAGGCCAAGAAUCAGGGCACGCCGCCCGAAGGUUGGCCUCUGAAGCGUCUUGGUGCCCUCCUUGUAUCGCCCGUGGGCGCUCACAUCAUGGAAGCACCCCAACUCAACUGGCAGGAGCUGAAUGUGGAUGGGAAGUGGAAGGUGCAAAAGAAUGCAGGACUUGUCAAGAUUCGCCGGCCCACACUCCCUCUGCAGGUGCGCCUUCUGCCUCCAACAGCCCCCUCCAUCAUUGAGUAUUCGGACUCCUAUGUGCAGGCUGUGGAGCGCCCAGUGGUGGCCUGGGCGACCUGUUUUUUGAUCCUGGAAGCCUUUGAGUGGAUCUUUCUGCGCAAAGCCUCGACCAAGUCUCUCUCCAACAGGAUCAUCAAGUUCAUGUCACGGCUGCGGUGGCUUUUGACGUCCAGCUGUGUGUCCUUAGCGCUGUUCCGGCUCUCCUCACGCUGGAAAGAGCGGCGCUCCCGUGGCAAGGCCGUCAUCUCGGAUGUCUUGGGCGUCCAAUCCUCACAACGAGAAGCUCGAUUAAGCGCCUUAACCAUCCUCAUGCAGACCUUGGUACUUUGUAGCUGGUGGAUCUGGGUCUUAGCCAUUUGCGGCAUCAAAGUGGGCCGUCUUCUUUUGUCCACUUCAGUGGGUGCAUUGCUCUUGGGUUUCGUGGGCAGGGAUGUGCUCUCCAACAUGCUGAGCUGCCUGGUGAUCUACCUCACACAGCCCUUUGCUCAAGGGGACUGGAUCACCUUGGAGCAGGGCCAGGAUGGCUGGGCAGAGGAGAUUGGGCUUUUCUACACGAAAGUCAUCCAAUGGGACAAGCGCCCGCUCUACGUUCCCAACUUUCGCAUUGUGCAGAUGCUGGUGCAGAACAACUCCAGGAUGACCAACCGGCGCAUCAGGUUUGACUUCAAAGUGCGGCUUCAGGACAUUCCUAAGAUCCCAGCCAUUGUCAAAGAGAUCGAAGAGACAAUCAAAAACCAUCCGCAGAUUGAUGGCAUCACUCACCGCUUGGUCGGAUGGCGCGAGGUUGGUGAUUAUUUUGCGCUGAUUUGGCUGUCUUGUUACACCAAGUCCACUGAGCAGGACAUCAAACUGUCUCACUACAUCUCUGUGGAACAAUCAAUUCUGGAACGCUGCACAGCAAUUAUCUACAAACAUGGUGCUGAUUUCGCGUCCUCCACGGACCUCACACUGCAUGGGGACACGAUCUCUGCGCAGAUCCUCGAGGGAUCCAAGCCCAAGGAUGCAAAAGCAUCAAAGGUCAAUAUCAAGACUGGCGAGGAUCGCCAUACACAAGGUGAUGUGGCCUCGAGAGAACGUGAGCUGCAUGACACCCGGAAUGCGGUGCUACAGGCGAGUGAAGAGAAACUUCGGAAACAAGUGAUUGAAGUAGAGAAGAAAGAGAAGGAGCUCAACAGCAAAGAACAAGAACUGAAAGAGAAAGAACAGCGUUUGGCCGCCUUGGAGGCUGUUGAGGCUGCUGAGACGGAGGCCACGAGUGGUGAAGAGACAGAAGCAUGGGAGGAGAAGACCAAACCGGUGGCGGAGCCAGAGAUUGCUACAUGA